UAAACGUUCCUAUGAUGGCAUACUCAGCCCAGACGUCUUGUCGUCCGUUCGGGAGUAACAAGUGUCCGUCACACACGGGCCAGGAAGUUUCGCUUGUGUGUAUGAACUGUGACGGCCUGGUUUGUUUGCAUUGUGUCACCUCUAAGGAUCACAAAGGUCACGUUUUUGAAGAUUUGGGAGACAUAGUGAAAGAGGAAACAGAUAAGCUGAAACACAACCUCAAAAUCAACGAGGAAUACUACCUUCCUUCGAUAUUAAAAGGUACGAGUGAUGUCGAAAAGGAGAUAGCUAAAAACAAGGAGAAACACAGAGAAGCAUCUGAUUUGAUCAAGUCUAGAGUACGUGAAAUAAAAGAGGAAGCUAAAAAGCAGGGGGCUAUUCUGAUUAAGGCAUGUAAAGAGAACGAGACGAAGAAUCACAUUAGAUUGCUGGAGUGUCAGACAACACGUACGAACCAGCAAAGAGAAUGCCAGGACAAAAUAACGAACAUCAAAAAAACACUUCAAUCAGGAACAGAGAUUGAGGUGUUUGACUUGAAGAAAUGUACGGAUAAAACAUAUAUUUUGUGCCCGAUGCAUUCUCUGGAGCUUGUUACAUACCAACCUCGUACAUCUGCACCUGAACUGGUCAAGCAGGCUUUGGGAUCUUUGGAUCAUCAAAACACUGAUCAACAACCAUAUCCACAAGGCAUGAUCCUACAGCCCAUUUCUCGUAAGUUUUGA